AUGGUUCGAGAUUUGGACCUUCAACCUUCGUAUCCCAUUGAACCUAAGCCCUACAUCCCGGGCCCCAUUCGAUUUUUUCAGGAGCAGACGGGGCUAGCCGCCCUGCAGGUCGAAGUAAACAGCAUUGCUUAUCAUCUGCGAUCUUCGUGGAUUCGCCAUGCUCUUACCGAUCCCUGUUUGUUCCACGCGACACUUUACACGGCCUCGGCCGAGAUGGACGCUAUGCGUGGGACGCAAGGCACCACCACAAACUACGCUACCCUGUACCAUCAGACCAAUACGAUUCGACUGUUGAACCGUCGCCUGGUCCAUGGGGGCCUAAUGGACGAUGCGACGAUAGCCUCUGUGCUUCUUCUGGUAAUAAGUGGGUCCAUUGAAAAAGACCCGGAUGCGACCGAAGCCCACCGACAGGGCCUCCUCCGAAUGGUAGCACUGCGAGGGGGACUCAAGCAACUAGGAUUCGACGGCAUUCUGGCCGAGAUGAUUGAGAUGAACAUGGUUCUUCCCAUGGUCGUCUUCGGCCAGACCGACUCCGCGCUGCCGGCGCCCGUCAGCCCGGCUGAAGCCCUACCCGACAGCCUCCCGAGCCUCGCUCUCGCCCGACUGCGCCGGGGCGGCUCGAGAAUCAAUCCCACCCUACAAUCGCAGCUAUUGCGCGUCCUCGAGCACAUCCAGGACCUCUUCCACGCCCUCGUGCAACCCAGCGAGUCUUCCAACCUCUGGACGCUACUCGACAACGGCUCCCCGACCGUCGAGUUCACCACGACCGGGGACAGCAGCGAGACCUCCUUCCUCCGCCCCUGCCAGCUCUCCAUGACCCUCCUGCGAACGCUGGCAGAUCCCAGCCUCCCUUGGCAUCCCGACACCAUCGCCGUCCUCCUGCGCGACCUCAACACCAGCAUCGCCCAGACCGAUCCGGCCACGCGCCCCCGCUACGCCCCUGAGGCUAGUCUCUGGGCCACCGCCCUCGGCAUGGCCGUCUCCCCGGAUGUCCACGGACGUCUGACCUUCUUGAUCAACGAGCGCUGCGUCGUUCUUGCCGUCUCCAACUCCAAGACCACGGCCCUGCAGAGCUUUUCUUCGACUGUUACUGCCGGCUUCGUGCCCUCGUCGAGCUUCGUCAGCCUCCGACUUUGUCACCCCUGCCUUCCACUCCUCCCUCCAUACCAUUCCCUCUCGAGUAGCUGA